AUGGCUAGUCCUCCCGUUCUAGUUUUCGAUGCCGAGGGCCGUCCGGUGAAGUUCGAAACCUGGCUAGAUGACCUGCACCUGUUCCUACAGCUCACUGCCAAGGAAGACAUCUCGCUGUACGACCACGCCCUAGGCCAUGCUACUGCCCCUGACACGUCUGCUGACAGCACUCUACGCUCUCAGUGGCAGACUCGUGAUGCGCACGCUCGCUUCGCUAUUCGCAACUCCCUGCCGCUAGACGAGCGCGAGCACUUCGGCCAGUGCAAGACUGCUAAGGACCUCUACACCGCUGUAGUUGCCCGUUACUCCUCACCCGCUUCUGCUACGCUAGGCCGCCUCACUCUCCCCUACCUGUUCCCCGACCUAGCCUCCUUUCACACUGUCGCAGACCUCAUCACCCACCUUAAGACUAGUGAGGCCCGCUUUCGCGCUGCUAUGCCUGCCGAGUUUCUCACUAGCAACCCCCCCCCGCUCUGGAUCACUCUCUACCACAUCGUCACCCGCCUCCCUGACUCUCUGCGCGCAGUCAGGGACCACUUCCUCUCUCGCUCCCCCACUGAGCUCACUGUUGCCCUCCUCGAGAAGGAACUGCUUGCAGCUGAGGCGAGCAUCGUCGCUGUAGGCACCUCUCGUGGCGACCCCCGCACCCCGUUCUUCGAGGGGUCGGGACCGCGUCUGCUUCGAGCGGGCGCCGCAGGAGCAAGGGAGGCAGGGGUGGGGGUGGUGGCGGAGGAGGUGGGGGUGGAGGCGGUGGGAGUGGAGGCGCGACUGGGGAGGCUAGUGGCGGCAGUGGGGGAGGAGACAGCAGCGGCGGGAGCGGUGGCAGGGGCGGAGGCGGCAGCGGAGGUGGAGGUGGUCGUGGCGGCGGCAGGGGUGGAGGUGGCCGAGGCGGUGGUGGUGGCGGUGGUGGUCGUGGAGGCACUGGCGGAGGCCAGAGUCAGCAGCCCGCCCCGACGCUUCAGGCCGCCCGUGAGUGGUAUGCGCAGCGUAGCUCUACCUGCACGUACGUCAUUCGCACAGGUGACCGCAGCGGCCAGCAGUGUGGGAGGCCGCACCCCACGCAGCGCUGCUUCGCGCGCCUUAACGACGCGUGGCGCACCCAGUUUCCUGAUGCCACUGAGCUGCCGCGCUGGGCUGAUCUGGAAAAGAGGGGUGUCGAUAUUUGGGCUCUAG